CAUAUUCUCGACCAAUAAGGAUUGGGUCCGAAUGCUAGAAAGCAAUAUGGCCGCAAGUGUGAAAUCAAUGAGGUUAUGUGUAUGGUGCCCGCACAGUGACCGCAUGUGUGCCGUUUCGAAAAUCGAGCUAAAGUUACGAAAAAAUGCCGGCGUGCUGUAUAAUAAAUUGUAUCAGCCGCACAGAUAAUGCACACAAAAUAAAAUUAUUUCGUUUCCCAAAAGAUAAAAGCAUCCGUCAACAAUGGAUCAAAGCGUGUAGACGAAAUGAAAAAGAAAUAAAAAUUAAUAGUGCAAGAAUAUGCAGUUUACAUUUCGCAAAUGAAUGUUUCGAAAUGAAAUGGACGAUGCCACGUUCAACAAAUGUAUCAGCAACAGAAAUAUGUAGAUUGAAAAAGAAUUCUGUGCCAACUAUGCAAUUACAUGUAGAAAAGUAGAAUGAAAGAAAAAACGUUUGUAAAAUCGAUUAUGCCAACUUACACUGAACUUUUGGAAUAUGCACAGCGAAGCGAGCAGAUAAAAAAUAGACAUAAUCUUACAAAUGAAAUUGAUACAGAAGACAUAAACGAAACGAACACAACUAUAUUUUAUAGGAAUGAAAAUAUGGAUGAAAAUACAUCUACAGAAUUAACGCUCGUAAAAGAAAGAAAUGAAAAGGAAGUGUUAUUGAUGGAGAAAAAUGAAUUAUUACAAGAAAAGCAAACACUUCUUGAAGAAAAUGAAAAGUUUAAGCAGCAAGUGGAGCUAUUAACGAAGACUGUACAAGAACAAUCUGAUAUUAUUACACAAAUGACAGAAGAUAACAAAAAGGACGCUAAAGUGCCUGUACAUGUGUUACAGAAGGUAUUUACUGCUGGACAAAUAGAACUGUUAAUGUCUUCAAAAAAUACUCCAUUGUUAUAUACUAUUAUAACAUAGUCUCCAUUGUUAUAUACCAUUGUUAUAUACUAUUUAAAUUAAUUAUUGAGUGAGACAUUCGAAUGUCGUAGUUGCUAAUUUGCUUUGGCGUUCACGUGCUGUAAGUCUCUUCCGCUUGUAAUUAGU